CUGCACCAGAUCCUCCUCUGGACUCACCAGAUCCUCCUCUGGGACUUUAGCAGGACAUAAGUGAGCCGGUUCUUUUUCUCCUCUGUGAGUCCUUGGAAGGCCCACUCGGCUGACUUGGCAGACUUCAGUCCCCAGCUUUGGAAGGCGAACAGGUCAAAGGGCCCCCCCCCCCCUCAGCCCUGACUGCAGCCUUUAGGAUCAUCCUCAGCUCCGCCUUCCCCGCUCCACCCGUAACCAUGACAACCAAAUCUAACAACAGCGUUCUGGGUGGAAAGGCGUCUUCGUCCCCUUUGCUGUCUUCUCCCACUCGACAGCGCCUGGUCACCAAAGAUGGACACUGCGCUCUGCGCCCCCCCCUCUGCCCUUCGUCCCGGUGGGGCAGGGCCUCCGGACGGGCCUGGGUCCUGGCCCUGCGGGACGUGUGGGGGCUCCUGGUGAGUCUCCGCUGGAGGUGGGUCCUGCUGGCCUUCUGCGCCUCCUUCCUGGCCCACUGGCUGCUCUUCGCCUGUCUCUGGUACUUGCUCGCUCAUCUCAACGGAGACCUGGCGGUUCAGGAUCACGACGCCCCCCCGCAGGGUCACGUGGUGUGUGUGAAGCACAUCACCAGCUUCACCGCCGCCUUUUCCUUCUCUCUGGAGACUCAGCUGACCAUCGGCUACGGCACCAUGUUCCCCAGCGGAGACUGUCCCAGUGCCAUAGCGCUGCUGGCUGUGCAGAUGCUGCUGGGCCUCAUGCUGGAAGCCUUUAUAACAGGUGCAUUCGUAGCUAAGAUUGCCCGUCCUCAGAAGCGAGCGGGGGCCAUCCAGUUCAGCCCCCAGGCGGUGGUGGGCCAACAUCAGGGCCAAACCUGCCUCAUGCUGCGAGCCACCAACCUGCUGCAGCGUCCUCUGGUGGAUGUGAAGGUGAGUGCAGUGCUGUAUGAGGAGCACGAAGGCCAGGCCCUGCACCAGACCUCUUUGGACUUCCACCUGGACCACCUGGGCCAACAGCCCUGCCCCUUCUUCAUCUUCCCGCUGACCUUCUACCACCCUCUGGACCGUCGCAGCCCCCUGUACCCGGCCCUCUGCGAGGGCACCUCCACCCACUUCGAGCUGGUGGUCUUCCUGUCCGCCUUCCAGGAGGGAACCGGGGACUCGUGCCAGAAGAGGACCUCGUACCUACGCCAGGAGAUCCAGUUUGACCGCCGUUUUGUCCCCGCCUUGGCACUCGAUGCUCGGGGGAGGUACAUGGUGAACAGCCAGCACUUUGACACGGCCCACUCAAAGGACAAGGACAAGGACUGUGUGGUCCAGAUCAACGGAGACGGCAGUGACAGGAUGGAGUAGGGACGCUGUAGGACAGGAGCUUUGAUAGGGACAGAUGACCAUGAUCAGUAGGGUAACAAUGGGACAGACAUUACUGUCCACAGGAGCUUCAGCUAGUUCAAUCUGAAUGUAGGUUUGAUCAUUUGAAAGUGCACAUCAGACUUAAGGUGGACCCCUGGAAAGGAGUUUUAACCCAGUCACCAAACUAAAAUGUUGCCAUUAGAUGGAUUUUCCACGGAAUUUUUAGAAAACCUGUGAGACAAAAUGCUAAUUAGUGCAUUUUGCUUCCACAACUGCUCAUUUGCCACUUCCUCAUAACAAUUUCAAACUAAUCAGACAUAGUAAUUCAUUCUAUAAUCCAUAAACAGACCAACAAAAGAAAGAAAGAAAAAGAAAAAGAAAGAAUCCCACCCUCUAAUAUUUCACUGGGCUGUUCCUUCAGCUUUAAUUACAGCCUGUGGAGCAUCAUUUCAAACAGUUUGUUAUUUCACAUUCAUUUCAGUCACUUUUUGGACACAUGACGUAACU